AUGGAACAACAACAACAUCGCAAAAUCGGUGGCGAGGACAGGAUCAGUGAGUUGCCUGAAUGUUUGCUUCUGUACAUAUUGUCUUUACUUCCGACAGAAAUUGCCAUAGCCACUAGUGUUUUGUCUAAACGGUGGAGAUCUCUUUGGAAGGUGUUGCCAAAUCUCAAGUUCAUAGAUUCUAGCUAUAACCAAUACGACCAUAAAUUUUCAGAGAAUCUUUGCAGAUCUUUGAUUCUACAUAAAGCUCCGGUUCUAGAGAGUUUGCAUUUGGAAGUCGGACAUAAAUACGAUGCUUUUGAGUUGGGAUUAUGGAUUGGAAUUGCAUUUUCACGCCAUGUGCGUAAAUUGGUAUUGGAUUUUCAGUUUGAUGAGGAAGGAUUUGCACACUUUUCGAGAGAUUUGGGUAGAUGUCAUAACACACUCGAGGUCUUGGAACUCAAGUAUAAUAUUCUUAUACAUCUUCGACUUCCUGUUUGUUUCGAGUCUCUCACAGAGCUGAACCUUUACCUUGUAGAAUUUGAAGACGAAGAAUCUGUUUCCAACCUUUUUCUCUGGCUGCCCUUGUCUCGAAGUUUUGGUCGUGCAUAG